UUUUCAAACAGACAAUGCUGUUGUCAGAGGUUUUUAUCUUGUGAAUGUCAGAUGUUWCUGUGGUCAGGUGUUAGCUUUACAGUUUAGCUGAUUUGUUGAUUCAUGGAGCGAACAGGCAGCAUCAACGCAGAGCCUCAACAUGACGGUUGCUGGGCUCGGUGGCGCAACCGGGUCGGCUUCUGGUUCCUUGGGUUGUGCAAUAACUUUGCUUAUGUGGUCAUGCUGAGUGCUGCCCAUGACAUCCUCCAGAAACAGGAGUCCAGAAACUCUACGGUCUCUACAUCGAUGAUGCCGAUCAGGACCCUCCAAGCUGAAAACAGCACCAACAGCAGCAGAUAUGACUGCAGUCCUAUCACUACAGGGGCUGUUCUGUUAGCGGACGUCGUUCCGACGCUGUUCAUCAARCUUUUGGCUCCCUUUGUGAUCCACAAAAUGCCUUAUGGUUUUCGAGUGUUGGYGUGUGCCACUUUGGCAGUGACCAGUUUCCUCCUGGUGUCCUUCUCCUCUGCUGUGUGGAUGAGUAUUACUGGAGUGGUUUUUGCCAGUUUAAGCUCAGGACUGGGAGAACUGUCCUUCCUCUCUCUCAGUGUCUUCUUCAACAGGAAUGUCCUGGAAGGCUGGGGCUCAGGCACCGGUGGGGCUGGUGUUGUUGGUGCUUUCCUUUAUUCAGCUCUGAUCCAAGCUGGUCUGUCCCCUCGGAUCACACUCCUCAUCAUGCUGGUUGUCCCGUUUAUUAUGUUGAUUAGUUACUUCGGGGUUCUGCGUCCCUCAUCUUCCUUACCUCAGUGGAGCAGGGUGCAGACGGACUACAGAGCUGUGGACUCAGAGGACAGGCAGCAAAUUAUGGAUGAUUCAGAUCAGGAGGAGUCAGAACCAGUUGACCUAAGUGUGGGAUCUCUUACCUGUGGGGAGAAAUGGGACGUCAUCAAAAGCUUAGUGUGGUUUGUGAUUUUUCUGGGAGUCGUCUACUUUGCUGAAUACUUCAUCAACCAGGGCUUGAUGGAACUCCUGUUUUUUCGCAACAUUUUCCUGUCCCACGCAGAGCAGUAUCGCUGGUUCCAGACUGUGUACCAGAUUGGUGUGUUUGUGUCUCGAUCGUCCCUCUGCUGGGUGAAGAUCAGGAAACUGUGGGUUUUUUCCAUCCUUCAGGUAAUAAACGCCAYCUUCCUGCUGUUUGCUGUAUGGUUCCAGUUCCUUCCUUCUGUCUGGUUGGUUUUUUGCAUCAUUUUCUAUGAGGGUCUGCUGGGCGGAGCUGCGUAUGUGAACACUUUCCACUUCAUCAGCAAGGAGACUGAAGGCAGACACAGAGAGUUUGCCAUGGCGACGGCCAGCGUAGGAGACAGUCUGGGCAUCGCUCUGGCAGGACUUGUUGCUUUUCCUGUCCACACAGCCUUCUGUUCAUUGUGACGAAGCCCACAGCCUGAGCUGCAGGAGGCGCAAACGGCAAGAACACAUCCACACGUCUUUUUAUCGUGSAUGAAACCAGCAACAUUAGAGGUGGUCGCAUGAUGUAUGGCAAAUAAUUAUGUCUGUUAACAAUUAACAACUGGACCAAAUACAGAAUUCUGCUUGUCCUGUUGUAAACUUUUUAUUCUACUUGAGUUAAAAUAGUACUUAAAAUGAAACGAGUUAACCUCUGACUGUGUCUCAGAAUAACCGUGUUCAUGUGGACUUUUUAAAAAGUUUUAUGUAGAAUUAUCAGCUGAACAUGUAUUUCUUGAUACAAGCUGUUACGGGUGAGCAGUUUGUAUCUAAAAACUUUAUGAUUUUAUACGUUGCUUGUCUUUGUGAUUGUGCGAUCAGAUUUUUUUACAUAAAUUAAAGACGGGGUUUUGACAUUCCUAGGCUCA